CAGUGAUGAGUUUCAGAGGUUUUUGUCAAGACACUGGUUGAGAGGUGAAAUAAACCAAUCAUCAUUAUUCAUGAAGUGAAUCAAUGAAGAACAAUGUCGUCUGUUAAAGUGCUGCUUGUUAACUCACUAAAGGAACUUGGAAAAGAUCUGAAGGAGUUUAGGUGGUUCUUAAAUAAUAAGGGUAUUCCAAAAUAUGACCUGCAGAAUGCAGAUGUUUUCGAUAUAGUGGACAAGAUGGUGGACCGUUUUGGACCAAAAGAAGCUGUACUGAUCACGGUGGACAUCCUGAGGAAGAUGAACCAAAACCUACUGUCUGAACAGCUAAAGAAGAAAUACAAUGAAGGUUCACCUGCAGACAGUAUAACUGAUCUUCAUGAUUACAGUAAGAUCAGCUACAAACUGAAAAACAAAUUACGACAGAACUACGAGCAGAUAUUGGUUGGUAAUUCACAGAGAGGUCAUCGUCUGUAUUUGAACAAUAUUUACACUGAUUUAGAUGUGGUGGAAAAUGAGACGGGAGGAAUAGUGAAUGAACAUGAGGUGAGACAGAUUGAAUUUAUUCACAGCAGAUCUACUGUCCAGGACACAGUCAUACAGUGCAAUGACAUGUUUAAAGUUCAGAGUGAUAUGGGUCAACAAAACAAAAAAGUGUUGACAAUGGGAAUUGCAGGGGUGGGAAAGACCGUCUCUGUUAAUAAAUUCAUUCUUGACUGGGCUGAAGGAAAAGACAAUCAGGAUAUAGUCUUGAUCUUUCCACUCCCUUUCCGUGAACUGAAUCUGAUUAAAAAAAAGUACAGUCUCAUGGAACUGCUUAACAAAUACUUCUUUAGUGGUUCUGAAGAACUGUCCUCUCUUCCUGAAGAUGACUCUAAGGUCAUGUUCAUAUUUGAUGGGCUGGAUGAAUGUCGCUUCCCUUUGAACUUCAAACAGGGUGACAGAUUUACAAAUGUGCAUGAAAAAACAACAGUGAGUAAGAUAGUUACAAACCUGAUCAAAAGACGUCUGGUCUCCUCUGCUCUCAUCUGGAUCACAUCCAGGCCAGCAGCAGCAGGUCUGAUACCCAGAGACUACAUUGAUCAGGUGACAGAGGUGCGAGGAUUUAACGAUGAGCAGAAAGAGCAAUACUUCAUCAAAAACAGCAGUCCUGAGGUUGCUGGAAACAUCAUCCGUCACGUCAGGAAAUCCAGGAGUCUGUACAUCAUGUGCCACAUCCCCGUCUUCUGCUGGAUCUCUCUCACUGUUCUUCAGCCUCUGCUGGCUCGUGAGAGCAACGAUAAAACACCCACAACUCUCACAGAGAUGUACAUAAACUUCUUAUUUUAUCAGAAUCAACAGAUGAAAAAGAGAUUCCUUGAACUUAAGCCCAAAGUCAAGUCUUUUGAUGAGAUUAUUCUGAAGCUUGGGAAACUGGCCUUUAAACAGCUGCAGAAAGGAAAUCUGAUUUUCUACAAAGAAGAUCUUGAGAAGUGUGGACUAGAUGUCAGUGAAGGGUCUGUGUACUCUGGGUUAUGCACACAGAUCUUUCUGGAGGAAAACGCUGUUUCAGAGAGAAAAGUUUACAGCUUUGUGCAUCUCAGUAUCCAGGAGUUUCUUGCUGCUCUCUAUGUGCUUUUUAAAUACAAAUGCUAUGGAAGAAAUGCCUUUCUUCGAUCUGAGAGAAAAAGACUAUCAUUGAAACCAUCCAAAACGUCAUUAUUUGAGCUUCAUGAGUUUGCAAUCUGCAAGGCUUUACAGAGCAAGAAUGGACACCUGGACCUUUUCCUCCGCUUUCUGCUGGGCCUCUCACUGGAGUCCAAUCAGAAUUACCUGAAGGAACUGCUGCCAAGACUGGAAACGAAACCUGUGAAUGUCAAAGACACUGUUGAUUAUAUAAAACGGACAAUAGAGACGGAGAAAUCAGUGGAGAGGAUCAUCAAUCUCUUCCACUGUCUGGUUGAACUGAAAGAUGACUUUAUGGAGGACAUUCAGAAGUAUCUGAGCUCAGGAAAUCUUUCUGAACAGAAUCUCUCCUCUGCUCAGUGGUCUGGUCUGGUGUUUGUGCGCCUGAUGUCAGAUGAGAAGUUUGAACUGCAGGAAUACAGUAGAUCUGAAGAAGUGCAGGGGUUACCAGUGACCCACAACACCAGAAAAGCACUUGUGGACCAUGGAGGAGAGAUCGGAACGACAGCAGGUCUACAAACACAGUCCUCAAACAGUCUACAGCAGUCUACAAACACACCCACAUGCUGCGCUUUCAUGAAUUAUGAGGAACUGUUCCCACAAGAUGCCUGUGAUCUCACACUGGAUCUAAACACAGCAAACACUCGUCUCUUUCUGUAUGAGGAGAACAGGAAAGUGAAACAUGUGAAAGAAAAUCUGUCUUAUCCUGAUCAUCCAGAGAGAUUUAAGCACCAUGAGCAGGUUCUGUGUGUUGAGAGUCUGACUGGAUGCUGUUACUGGGAGGUUGAAUGGAGCGGAUGGGUGAAUAUAGCAGUGACAUAUAAAGGAAUCAACAGGAAAGGAGGAAGUGACUGUUCGUUUGGAUCUAAUGACAAGUCCUGGAGUCUGAACUGCUUUGAAAAAAGAUUCACCGUGAGGCACAAUAAUAACGACACUGACAUACUGGCUCCUUCACCUCAGUCUGACAGAGUAGGAGUGUGUGUGGACGUGUCGGCCGGCUCUCUGUCCUUCUACAGCGUCUCUGACACACACACACUCACACACUUACACACAUUCAACACCACAUUCACUGAACCCCUCUAUGCUGGAUUCAGAGUUGAUUAUGCUUCUUCAGUGUCUCUGUGUCAGAUUAAAGGAGAGAGACACAUAGUUAAAACUGAGAGAUAAACUGUAUAUAUUUAUUAAAUUAUACAGCAGGUAUUCACCUAAAAUGUGUGUUAGUGCUGCAUGUACUGCCACCUCAAGGCCACCGCAGUAAAUACAACAUGUACAGUCAUUCGUGAAAUCACCACCAGGUGGCCCAAAGGGAAAGUAGCCAACAUUGCUCAGUAAAGCUGGAAUUGGGAUAUUUUUUACUUGUAAAUUACAUGUUUAUUACAAUAACGUUAUUAUAAAAUGUAAUUUCAUAUAGUUCAUAAAUAUGUUGUUUUUCAUAUAGUUCAUCAUAAAUGCUUAAUGUUCCAACUAUGUGACCUCUGUUACAGUGAAAUAUUACACUGAUGGCACUGCUGACUUCUACUCCACAGUACCAGCUAGUAUUUUGGAUCAUUACAAAUCGGAUCAUUUGGAUCAUAUGCAUUAUAGAAUAAAAUAAAAUGACAGAAAAGGUGGAUUACCUUAAUAUAAUUCACUAAUGUAAUGACCUAUAGACCUAUAUGCUCUGUCAAUACUUGGUCAUUAGGAGUCUUAUACUAAACUAUAUUAUACUAAUGAUGUUAAACCUAAACCUGAAGUCGAGUUUUUUGAUCAGAUUAUUCUGAAGCUUGGGAAACUGGCAUUUAAACAGCUACAGAAAGGAAAUCUGAUUUUCUACAAAGAAGAUCUUGAGGAGUGUGGACUAGAUGUCAGUGAAGGGUCUGUGUUAUCUGGAUUAUGUACUCACAUCUUUCACAUGGCAAAAGCUGUGUCAGAGAGAAAAGUUUACAGCUUUGUACAUCUCAGUGUCCAAGAGUUCCUUGCUGCAAAUGUUUCAAAAGAAACCAAUUUCUUCAAUCAUAGAGGGAAAAACUAACAUGGAUAAAGCUGCAGUCAAUAAGGCAGCAAGAAUAGACAACUGGAUCUCCAGUUCUUGUUGGGUCUCUCACUGGAGUCCAAUCAGAGUGACCUGAAGGAACUGCUGCCAGGACUGGAAACGAAACGCAGGAAUGUUAAAGACAUUGCUGACUAUAUCAAAAAGAUAAUAGAGAGUGAAAAAUCAGUAGAAAGGACCAUCAACCUAUUCCACCGUCUAAGUGAACUGAAAGAUGACCUUACAGAUGAAAUCCAGUAGUCUCUGAGCUUUCACUCAGCACAGAAUCUCUCCUCUGUUCAGUGGUCAGCUCUGGUGUAUGUGCUGCUGAUGUCAGAAGAGACUCAAGAGAAGUUUGAACUGCAGAAAUACAGAAGAUCUGGUGAAGCACUGAUGACACUGAUGCCUGUGAUCAAAACCCCCAAGAGAGCACUGUAAUUCAACUUUACAAUAAUUUUUAUAUACUAAUA